AAUAAUAAACCGAAACAAAAUUACCGUAUUUAUAAAACAUGAGCAUUCAUUUUUGAGUUGAAAAUUUGUUUAUUGCAUAAAUCAAAGCUGCUUUGACAUUCAAACAUGAAGCGAUAACAUAACCUAUAAUAAUCUAGCGCAAUCAUAAAAGUCGCUGACGCUCACCACAAAGAUUCUUCUGUUAAAACACAAUAAACACAGCAAUUGUUUUGCAAAUCAUCAGUGUUUUUAAUUUCUUUGCGUACACUUCUGUUUACUUUUGCUAGUUUAACGAUUUUGACAAUAUGUCGCUACCGAAUUUGACCAACAAUAUAAUGCAACAACCACAGAACAUUGUGAUAAAUCAAGUGCAGCCAAUAUCUCACAAUAUUAUGCCCCCUAACAAUGGAAUGCCAAUGCACAGUGGUAUGAGCAAUCAAGUGCAACAUCAGCACAUGCAAAUAGAUCAACAUCAGCAACACCAAGCCAAUGAUAUGAAGUCUGGUAUCAUGAUGGACACAUCUCCCAUGCCUGGUGUAAGUCUAGUAAAUGUGCAGGCCCCUGUGCAACCAGCACCUGUUCAAGCUGCUUUACCAACAAUAUCACUUCAACAAAAUAGUAGUCCUGUUAAAAGUAUGCAUAUGUCCAAUGCAAAUUCAUCUUCAAGUAAUAUUCCUACUUCAACAGAUAACUUACAAGUAUUAUCCAAAACCAGAUUGGCUGAUUUAAUCAGAGACAUUGAUCCCAACAUUUACCUAGAGGAAGAUGUGGAAGAAAUUUUACUUGGAUAUGUAGACGAUUUCGUAGAUCGCGUGAUUAAUGGCGCAAGCAUGAUCGCAAAGCAUCGACAUGUGAAAAACAUUGAAGUGAAGGAUGUUCAAAUGUUUAUAAAUCGCAACUACAAUAUGUGGGCUCCGGGGUUGGGCACAGACGAACUGCGGCCGUACAAGAGAAGUCUGACAACGGAAUCUCACAAGCAGCGGUUAGCGUUGAUUCGCAAAGCAUUGAAAAAGUAUUGAAUUACGACAUGUUUGUGUACACGUAUGGGGUUUUUAUUUAGGGUGCCUGAACAACUAUAUUUAUUUUUCUAUACAAGACAUGCCCAUUUACUACUGCAGAUAAGCAACACUCACGAAUUUCAAUAAUUUGAACAAUUAACAGUUUGUUUUACAACUGUAUUCAUAUUUAAGUCUAAAAGUUUCUUUUUGGUUGAAGUAAUUGCCCAUUAUACCUUGCUUCAUUUACUGAUGAUUGUACAAUAUAAUAGAUGUUAUGUUGAAAAA